AUGGACAUGAACAUGGACAUGCACCAUCAUCACGAACCAGCAAGCACCACCGACACCCACAGUUCAACCACCGGUCCCAAUCCAAGCAAUGACUCAUCCAUGUCAAUGUCAAUGUCAAUGCCGACCGUCUUCACGACCAGCACGCAAGUGACGAUUCUCUUCACCGGUUGGACCACUACCUCCGUCCCAUCAUACAUCCUCACCCUACUGUUCCUCUUCCUUCUGGCCGUCCUUAACCGAUUCCUCACGGCCUGGAAAUCCCAACUCGAGCGAUCAUGGAAUCAAAAACUCAAUCGACAAACAUCGCAGACGAAUACCGUGACCCUCAGCGCCGUUCCACGCAGAGCUGGCUCUCGAAUCGCGAAGGAAAGACUGAGUCCGCUGCCGAGGUAUAUGCGCAUCGAUGAAGAGGAACGCCAUGAUUGUCGCUCUCAGGGCCAUGAAAGUAUCGAGAAAACAGAUGAUGCGAAGGCUUCUUUGUUAAGUAGGGUUCAAAAUGCGCUCCCUACCCAGAAACGAUGGCAAGCGAGUCGAGCAUGGAGCAUUUGGCAAGACGGGCUUUUCUCAGUCCUGGAGUGUGUCAAGGCGGCAAUUGGGUAUUUUUUGAUGCUCACUGUCAUGACCUUCAACGUCGGCGUUUUCUGUGCCGUUCUGGGUGGCAUCUUUGUCGGCGAGUUAGCAUUGGAUGGCGCCCAAUCCGACCUCAACUGGACCUCCGCCAGCAUCCACCACCGCGGCGCCGACUACAUCGACGUCAAAUUCACCGCCCGCGAAGGCGACUUCCACUGGGUCAUUUUUGACAAGCUCGCCGGCGCAUACCAGUACUUUGUGAACCACGACCUCCCUACCCUCGGCGAAUUCCGAACCCUCUGGCGUCUCGACAACGGGUCCUUCCCCAACGGCCGCACAAAUAUCAAGGACAGCCCAUUGCCCGAUCUCGCUGAGUAUCCUGUCUCCACGAAGGUGCAGGACGAGACGUGGCAGCGUGCCGAUGGGUCUUAUAUCACUAAGUACGAUUUCACUGCGUGGGUUCGGGACUUGGACUUUUAUGGCGUCUAUGGGGAGGAGUUCGGUUCGUGGUAUAUUAAUCCUGGGAAGGAUUAUUAUAACGGGAAUCAGUUGAAACAGGAACUUACUGUGCAUCGCGAGAGCCAGACCGGCGAUGCUGUUCAGUUGAAUAUGAUUCAUGGGACACAUUUUCAGGUCUCCGCGGUGGAUGAGUUUCCGGAUGGGAAGGUUUGGGGGCCGUGGUUGUGGUAUUUGAACGAUGGCUCGAAAACCGACGCCGCAGCCCGAGCCAGGAAAGAGGAAAAAGCCUGGCCAUACAAAUGGUUCAAGGACAAGGCCUACCACACCCGUGGCUCCGUGUCCGGACGACUGCUCCUCUCCGACGGUCGCCCUGCCGCCGGCGCGUCUGUGUUCCUGGGCGAUAACGACCCUAGCAAAACAGCGCUAGACAUGGGAUCGGAUUACUACUACACCGAGCAGGCCGACAACCAGGGCCGGUUUACCUUCAAGAAUGUGCGCGCGGGCGACUACGGACUGCAGGCGUGGUCAGACGGGGGCAAGAUUCGCGACGUGACGACGUCAUUCCUGCAGAACGAUGUGACGGUGAAGAAGGACAAGCAAACACAGCUGGGCAAGUUGCAGUGGAAGAUCUCUUCGCGGAAGAAGAUCUUCCAGGUCGGUGAUUUUGAUCGGAAGUCUUUGGGUUUCAAGAAUGGUGGGGCGCCGUACCAGCAUGCCCUUGUAGAGCAGUGUCCUGAGGACCUGGUAUAUACGGUUGGCAAGAGCAAGGCCUCGGACUGGUGCUUUGGACAGUCGGCUAAGGGGACUUGGAGUAUUAAGUUCCCGGUUGAGAAGAAGAGCGCGAAUGCGUCUGCGCUGUUGACGGUGUCUUUGGCGGGGUAUUCUUCCGGUACUAAGUCGAGGGUUCUUCUGAAUGGAGACGCGGACAGUCCGAUCGGAAACCUGACGACUCUGCCGAAUGAUCCAGGAAUGUAUCGCUCUGCGACCACGGCCGGAGAGUGGCGGUUGUUCGAAUUUGAUGUGCCAGAGGGGAAGCUGCGCGAGGGAUGGAAUACGGUGGACUUUGAGGUGACGGAGUCGACGAAGUGGAGGGGGUUCAUGUGGGAUAGCAUUGUUUUGGAGGCUUGA